AUGUCGUACCUGCAGGCGGCGCAAGAAAGGUCCGACACCCAAAGCAGCCUAGUGUUGAUCCCCCGGACCAGGGUUUCACCAAUCAAGGCAGAAUCGCCUUCGUCAGUGACUGUCAUGGAUCAGGUCACUUUUUCCCGUGCAGCUUUGGAAUCUGCUCUUGAAGGGAUGUUCUGGGACUCUUAUCUUCCAAACAGUCGCUGCUCGUCCCUCCUAGAUUAUAACCAGCGUAUUCUUGGAGGUUCGAUCAGCGUGGUGAGGGAGUUGCUUCCUAGCAGCCUCCUGCUUCGCACUGCGGUUGGAGCUAUGGCCCUUCGGUCGGCGGCGAGCACUAAUAACGACCCACACUCGUCGAAACAACAGGCAAUGAGGCUCCACGCCAGUGCGUUGCAGCAGGUGAGGAAAAUACUCACCACCCGUGGCAAAAAUGACCUCGAGGUUCUCAGUGCUACUCGAGUGUUCAGCUUCUACGAGGCUCUUCACGCACUGACAACCCGAAAAGGGACCAUCUUGGUACAGCCAGCCUGGCUAAAUGAUCCGUGGGAGAUCCAUCCAAAGACGGUUAAAGAUAUGUUGGUGGACAUCAUUCUAGAAGUUCCCUCAUUAUACGAGGGCAUUGAUGAGAUGGAAAGCAACCAGCGCUUCGACUCCAACUCGCGCCAACCGCUUCAACAAUCAGCAUAUGCUACCAUCGUCCGUUUACUACAAUGGGGCGAAAAAUUUGCCAUUCAAGGGGUAUCCUUACGACCAAACUGGCAGCAUCACCCUGGUUUCACAACCGAGGAGAUAGUUGGGGUGCAUCUGAUGACUUUCUACUGGGCCACGCUUAUGCUGGCACAUGGCGCAUAUCUGACGAUCUCGAAUGGGGAGCCACAUGGCCUUGAUAUCGAUGCGGAUGAUUGUUGUCGCAAAAUCAUCCACUGUAUCCCGUUAUUCCUCCACCCAUCAACUGGUAUUUUCCGCCAGCAUCUCAUGCCUUUCCCAGCAAUGACGGCCAUACGACAUCUAAACUUGACACACCCGUCAGUAUUGCGACCAGAGCGCGAGUACCUCUUAUCGAUCUCCGAGACGCCGCAGCUUGCUGGAAUGCGAAAGUUUAUGACAAGUCUGCAUCCACAGCUAUUCACGGACGCUGAAGAUAUAGUCACGGAGCCGGAAAAAUAA